ACUUUUUGUAUCUCUAGGGCGGUUUCCGCCCACGAAAAGUUGGGAUAUGCUCCAGAGUUAUUCAAACUGUACGGGAGGUGCAGAUACUGUGUGAGGUGAAAGGGACAGGCGCAGGUGAGCUGAGAACAACAGGAAGUUAAUUAUUGUAGUUUGGCUACUUAUCAACACCAUCGUCAGCUGCAGCAGCAGCACUGGCAGAAUGUAAUAUUUUCAAGUAGUUAUUUGUCAAUGUCUUAUUUUCCGGAAUCUAAACAAAUAAAGGCUAAAAAAAAAUCGGGCUCAAGUUGUAGCCCACAGCAUAAUUUACUGAAUCCGCGGUGACAUUAUACUCCCUGUUUCUUGUAAAGGUUAAAAUCUUGGAUGAUACACAGCAAUGUGCUGUGUAUCAUCCUCCAAAAACUUUUAGAAAAAAAAACGUUUAAUUAUACUGAUAAGGAAAAUUUAAAACUGGGCUAUUUUUACGACGCGGGGUUGGGCUUCUUCUUGUCCGUCAAAUCUGGCAACGCUGCUCUCAAGCUCAGCUAGCUCGCACGGAGAGAUGGAGGCAGACCACGCAGGGGGCAAUAUGGGAGAAAAAAAAGACAUGGAAAUGGCAGAAAACCCGUUUGAACCUUACGUCGAAUCCCUCCGUCAGCUACUGGAGGACCAAGACCCCGUUUUUCUGAUCGGCGUUAUCGUUGCGUUGGCUGUUGUUGUCAUCACCUGUGUGUUUCUAAAGUACUUCCUCAGCAGUAAAACCGUCCGAAGCGCUGUGCUCCUGGUCGGACUGUGUGACUCCGGGAAAACGCUCCUCUUCAGCCGGCUGCUGUCAGGGAAAUUCAAGCGGACACAGACCUCCAUCACUGACAGCAGUGCUCCGUACAAGGCCAAAAAUGACAGGGGCAGCACCUGGACUCUGAUAGACCUGCCAGGACAUGACAGUCUUCGCCCUCAGUACCUGGAGAAGUUCAAGUCUGCAGCCAGAGCGAUCCUGUUUGUAGUGGACAGCGCUAUCUUCCAGAAGGAAGUGAGAGAUGUGGCAGAGUUCCUGUACGUCUUGCUGACAGACACUGUGAUCUCCAGAAAUGCUCCGGCUCUUCUGGUGGCAUGCAACAAACAAGAUAUCACCAUGGCGAAAUCAGCUAAACUGAUACAGCUGCAACUGGAAAAGGAACUGAACACCUUGCGAGUCACUCGCUCAGCAGCCCUCAGCUCUCAGGAUGGCUCUGUGGGUGGCAAUCUGUACCUGGGGAAGAAAGGCAAGGACUUUGAGUUCAGCCAGCUGCCCAUGAAGGUGGAGUUCUUGGAGUGCAGUGCCCGUGGUAGCAAGGGUGAAGACGGGGCUGCAGACAUCGAGAACCUGGAGAAAAGCCUGGCUAAACUGUAACGUGAGCAAAUCAACAUCCUCAACGGUACAGACCUUCAACAUCCACUGUCACCUCAGUAGUCAAAGGAGGGAUGAUAGAUGCAUCUCAGUGGAGGAUCUGUUUGACAGGAGUAACCAGACAAACAUGGUCCUAUUUGUGCUGACUGUAAACGUAAAACCGGAAAAUGACAUUAAAGGUGGAAAAAUU